UAAUAUUGUUGUAAUUUAACUUUUUUUUAUUACUUGUGGAAUCCAUUGGGAAAACAAUUUAUAUACAAAAUUCUGGGAGAAAAUUCAUCAUACUUUUACAGUUUCCGAAACCUUCCACUCUAAAUUCCGUUCAUCGGUGGAGAAUUUGUAUCAUCAUCACAUUCUUUAGUAGCGAUAUGUGGAUUUUGGUAGGACUGUGGUUAUCCAACGUGAUUUCAUAUGGAUAUGGAUAUGAAUAUGGAUAUGGAACGAACCAGCCGACCUCAUGGUUGCCCCCGACUGCUGACUGUUUACAAAGAUGCGAGUUUACCCAUCCACAAAUUGUCUACUGCAGAUCUCCAGUUGUUGCCAAAAUCAGAAUAACGAAAUACGAAAAGUAUGGUUAUGACGACGCAUCUUAUAAGAUAGAUGUUAAAGACAUACUUAAGAGCCCAAGUAAUAUCAACCUUUAUGAUGUAAAAGAUAUGUAUACACAGUGUGGAGCUUCAAGGUACCACCCAUUUUACGAAAACAAAACAUACUUGGUAAUGGGGCGAUUGGAUGGUGCCGGACAUAUCGUAUUAAACAGGUGCGAUUAUUCGAUUUCUGUCCAUGAAAUGAAUUGUUACCAACGGAAAGGUGUGUUCAAAGGUGCAUAUGCAGCCAGCUGUGAAUGCAUCAAUCAGAUUGGAACAAACCCGAACGAGCAGUGUGACAUGACGAAAGACAGUUUGUGUUAUAGCAGUUAUGCUUACUGUUACCAAUUCGGUGGUCAUUGUGGUUGGAAAAAGUUCUGGAAGUUUACAAAUUGUUAAACAAUAAAUAAUUUUCUGAUUG